AAUGUUCUUGCAGAUGCUGCAUCUUCUCUGUUGGGCUUAUGAAGUCGUGAAGUUGUAGUUUUUGUAGUUCUAAUUCAAACAUUUGUUGCUAAUAUUUGUCCUCUCGCCUUUCAACCAGGUCAAUCCAAGACUGUGACAAUGACUCAGGUGGUGGAAAUGCCAUCGCUGGAAGAUAGCCCAGGACAAGCGAUGUGUCCCCGCUGCCAGCAGACGGUGGUCACCCAGAUAGAACACAAAGCAGGCCUGAAGACCUGGGGCCUCUGUGGACUCCUCACCUUCUUCGGGUGUUUUCUCUGCUGCUUUAUACCAUUCUGUGUGGACUCCUGCAAGGAUGUGGAGCACCACUGUCCAAACUGCCAUAACACCAUCCAUGUUUACAAGCGAUGCUGAUCGCACAGUUUUAAGCAGUGACUUUUUCACCGCACUCAAAUGUUACCAAUGCUGAGAUGUUCUGUGAAGUGUGGCUGUGGCAUGGCAGAUCAUAUGAAUGCAUUAUAAAUCAGCCAGUGGUAGUUGUGAUUUAGUGCUAAAAUGCAAACCAAUUGGCAUGUUUUUCUUUGUCCCUUAGGAUUCUAACAACGUUAAAUGCAAACACAACACAUAUGCUAAGCUUGCCUGCAAAUAUUUUCCACAUGUAUUCAACUGUGUGUUGCAGAAAUACAAU